AUGCUUUCCGCCACCGUCAUCAAGGCAAUCUUGGCCUUUGCCCCUGUGCUGGCUCUCGGAAGCCCGGUAUCCGCUGCCAGCAGUGCAGAAGUCGAAGUUCGAGACGACAACAGUGCAGCAGUCGAAGUAGGAGACGACAAAAGUGCCGCUCGAUCGUUCCAGGAGAGCUGCCGCUCAUGCCAAAUCAUCUCCGGUUCUUUGUUGUCCUGCGAAUGUAAAAACACCAUUGGGCAAUGGGUUCUUUCUGACAUUGAACUGAACAAUUAUUUCGCAAACGACGGAUUCUGGCUCCAGUGGGCUCGAGAGUGCGUCUCUACUGCACCAAAUGGUCCUCUCUCAUAG